AUGAUCAUAAAUGUACUGAUUAUUUUGGUAGCUCAACUUGUAAGCGUACAGGGGGGCAUUCAAAUGACUUUCAAGUAUGCAGAAGUGCCUUCUUAUAAUAAGGAAUAUGUAACAGAACCUGAUAUGUAUAUUUAUGAUGGUGAUAAAGUAUUUCUAAAUUAUUCGGUAAUAAAACAGUUUCCACCAACAACUGAAGAACAUUAUGUAAUACUAGGCGCAUCAAUGGGUGAAUACGUCGUUGAAACUGGAUUCGACUUACAACUACCCUUGUGUGAAUUUUUGGACUUAGGGAUGGGAUAUUUCAGUGACCUGUUGGGAUUUGAUCAAGAUAAUUGCCCACCUAAGCCGGGCGUAUACGGAAAUGAAGCUCAUGUCUUUGCAGCAAACGACUUUACAGAUAAUUUUCCCACAAACGAAUAUAAAUCAUUUCUUGAAUUUAAAAACAACAGUGAAGUAAUAAUGGCGUUGUGUACAUUCCUCGACAUUCAAUAA